CUCCCACUCCAUAAAAAAUUGAGUUGGGGAAAAUGUCGAAUUUUAUUUCCUACACCUACUUAAUUGCUCAGUCAAAAAGAACAAGAAAAUUAAACUCAAAUUCAUCAUAAGCCCUUCAAUUUUUGGCACCUCUAGAAAACGAUGAAGUCUGUCCCCUAAUUGAUGAAAAAUUGUAAGAAAGCAUUCAAGAGUUAUUGAAAUUGACGAGACCAGUUUACGACACCCCGAAAUAUUAUCACUAUAGGUUAUUUCCUUUUUUUCUUUCUCUCUAAAAUUUCCGCACUUGAAAUAUGUGCUUUCUGCACAAUUAUGAACAUUGGUCCGACUCCGACUUGAAAUUUAUGUGAUUUCUAUAAUCAUAACUUAAAUAUACUUUUGAAAUAUGUUUUCCUUGCAAACUUAACUUUUACAAUCACGAGAACGGUAGCAAAAACUGCAUUUUAUAAAGGCAGUUCUGUUACUUUCAUCGAGUAAAAUGUACAUUUCACGAGUAAUAUUGACAUUUCUACUAACUUUUUACUUAAAUAUACCAUUCAACGAAGUUUCAGCAAUUUAUCCUUCUUCGCUGAUCUGUAAAGAAUGUGAGGAGAAUUCCAUCAGUUUUCACGCAGCUAAAAAUGAAAAAUUUUCAUUAAAAUAUACAGGAAACGCGGUUGAAGCUUUUGGUCCACCAACAACAAAUGGCACAUUAACAGGUGGUAUUUUUGGUGACGAAGUUUAUCAAUUCUAUAAACUGGCAUAUUUUUGGAAAACCGAUUAUUUCACAUACAAAUUCACAUUACAAGUAGGAGAUAUUUUUUUCAACAAAAAGUACGAGUCUUAUAAAAACGCACUAAAUUAUCCUGAUGGUAUAGUUCAAAUUUGUACUCCUGUUUUUGCCAACGGACUAAUUGACAAUCCAUUGUUUACUAAAUUUGAAAAAGCGUUUAAUCAAAUCAAAAGUAAUCCAGGAAAAAUCACAUGUAUAGAAAGUGGGCCUACAUUUAAUUGGAUACAGCAUUUUCCUCCUGAAGUGACAUACGUGUAUUUUAAAAGUAUGUAUUUUGACAAAGAUACGGGAAAAAGCUAUCCUUGUGCUACCACUGUCAAGUUACCAUUGAAACCUCUGCUGAAUUUCAUAUCUUGUCGACAGUACCUCAGCACAUUCGGAUCACUGGUUGAUAUUUCAAAGAGACCCUUGAACAAUCCACCAUUGUUAGAUAUUCCAAAAUCUCUCGUAGGUUUUGGAUGGAAUAUAAAAGUUAUUGAUGUAGAUGAAUGAAUGUUGCCGAUCUUGAGAAAUAAAUUCUCAAAAAAGAAAUUGAGCCCUAUAGGUACCUAGAAGAAGAAAAAUGGGCUUGCGGAGAUACCAUUGAAAAACAAUUCUCUUAUUGAAGUACAAAUAGAUAAAAUAAUAGAUACUUUAUACGAGUAUUUGUAUCGUCAACUAAUUCAUGUUGAAUUUAGUGCAAUUAUUAAUAAAGAUGGUGAUUUUGGU